AGCCAUUUUUAUUCAUAUGGUAAUUGAUGAGAAAUUGAUUGAGUUUGAAAAACCGUCAUCGUGCUAGGAGACAAUACACUCACUACCAAAGUGAACACAGUGACAAUUUGUGGCCGUUAUAUAUGGUGUUUUAUCCAUAUUUGAUAUGUUGUUGAGUUAUAAAUACAUGGUUACGUGCCGAUAUAUGGCCGAGCAAUUAACGAACUGAUAGGCAGAAUGUACCGAUCUAAUGCGCUCUAUCUAGCUGUGAUACUCGAUACAGAUAAUUAAACACCCUAUUGGGGGUACUUGGGUCGAUCACAGCCUUAACGAUAUUGGAAGGUGUUAAUUUGUGGUCGACACUAGAAGAGGAAGAAUUAAAAUUUAAUUUGUCUGGUAAUACUUUUAAGGAGUAGGCAAAAUGUCCAAAUUUAUGUUUCAUAUAAGAUUUUCUUGUGAAGAGGAUUACCUUCACCAACACGAACUAUAUGAGAUGCUGAGGUCGAGAAAUUUAUAUCAGGUGCAAUUUGAUUUAAAGAAGAGACUGGAAAAGCGCAUUCGGUCCAUAGAACAGGCAGAGAAGAUGGAAAUCGCGACUUCUCAAAGCAAAAAAACUAUGUUUCUUCAAACAGUUAAAGAGCGGAUAAAGAAACGAAAUCGAUUUGGAGAAAGAUACAAACGCCAUUUUUCAUUGGGGGAUGUUGAGGAGGAAGAGGGUGAGGUAUCCAAAACCCCUCGAAUGUACCCCAGACAACAAAAAGAAGAUCCACCCAGUACAAACGAAAGAGAAAUCUCUAGAAGUCAAACUGCGCCGGAAAUGGGGGUUCCACAGUCUUCCAAGGAUGUAGAGGCCCCACUGGAAGAAGAGAUCACGUUAUUGAGACGCAACGUCACCUUUUGCGGCAAAUCGUUUCCGAUGGCAAAAAGCGCAAAACGCCGCCCAAAACCACAAUACCUUCAGUCAGUUGAAGAGAAUAAAGAAGUUGUAGAAUCCACAGAGGAUGGCGACAAUAGUGGAAGUGAUUUACGUUUACCAGACAUAAAGCAAGAGACCCCCAAAACCGACGAAGGAAGAAGGGAACGCACUUUGUCUCCCGCCAAGCUGGCUGUUGUGAAAAAUAUGUCUAUGUAUGAAUCUGGUGUUACAGCACCAGACGGUCGCCUGAUACUGUCCAGACAGGACUAUGAUGAGUUCAUUGAUCAAUACCGUCAGGCACAGAAGAAUUGGCUGAAAAAACAGAGACGAAAGAGUGAAAGUCUAGAGGAGAAAAUUAAAAACUUUAAAAUUGUGGACGAAGAACCGUCGUAACACGGAAUUCUUUUAACCUUAAAAUCUCAUUAUGUACCCAAGUGAUUAUGGCUUUCAUUCGAAUCAUUUGAACAAUUUCUUGUGUAUUUAGUGUCUUUUACUUUCUUUAUAACGGUUGAAGGCCAGACCCUCUUAUCGGUGCACUUCAUGCCAAUUAAAAGGAAUUAUUCGCAACAGGAAUAACAGAUACACGGAUUUGAAAGUGUUUAUAUUCACAUUAACGAUUGAUUGAAUUUUUUUGUCACGUACUUUGUCUUAUUUUAUCAAACAGCAAGCUACAAUUUGCUGUACAUUUGUGAAAGGAGGAACAGGGUUCAAAUUUGGCUGAAAGAGAAGUUACAAAACCAAUUUAUAUUCAUUUUUCAUUAUAAUUAUUAUUUUUUAUUUAUGUAUUUACUUUUUGUCAAAUUAAAUUUGAUUUUUUUAAAAAGUCGAUAACAGUAGAUAAUAUGCAAAUAAUAAUAUUAUAUUGUGCUGCAUUUCAUACAAGAUCUUGAUCC